AAUAGAAGCAAUAAAAAUCCAUAAGAUUUGUUGUAAAUUUAGGUCUAAAAUCUUAAUCGAAUUAUCGCCUGUGUAUCCGAAAAAAUAAAAAAUAUUUAUCGAGUUAUUGAAAACAACAAAUGAUAACGGACGAAGUUACAAUCCGCUCCUGCCAAAAGUCGAAAAUAAAUUUCGAAUGACGCGUUUCUGUUCCUCCAGAUACAAAACACGCGCACACAAUUCCGUUUAUUUCUGUAAUAUUUUCGAUGCCUCGAUCGUCUUUGGCGCGUCUUCGAUGAAAUUCGACUGCUCGACGCCGAAAAACCACAACACAGCUCUAGCGGCGAUAUGCGCCCAUUCGGUGUCCAUAUCCAUCGGCAUUUGUCAAGGAUACAGCGCCAUCCUGCUGCCGCAGCUCAAGAAAUCGCCGAAAUACAUGAAUUUGACCAGCGAUGAAACCACGUGGAUAGCGAGUUUGGGAACCAUAACGAAUCCCCUGGGUUCGAUCCUGUCGGGAUUGUUGGCUGAAUACAUGGGCAGGAAAAGGGCCAUACAAAUAACGGCCCUGCCGCUGAUCCUGGGCGCCAUGUGCUUCGGCCUGGCUCAGAACAUCAACUGGCUGUACGCAGGAAGACUGAUCACUGGAAUAGCAGCCGGCAUGUCGCCGGCUUGUUACACCUACGUAGGAGAAAUCUCGACGUCCCAAAACAGGGGUUUCAUGCAAACCUUGGGCCCCAUUUGCGCCUCCUUCGGCAUCCUGCUGACCUACACGCUCGGCUACGUCCUCCACUGGACCACCGUCGCCUACAUCAGCAUCUCCUUCGCCGUCUUCUCCACGGUGGUGAUGCAGCUGGUGCCCGAAAGCCCCUCGUACCUCCUCAAAAACGACCGCCAGGCCGAAGGCUUCCGCGUGCUGCUGUGGCUGCGCGGCAACAACGCCCUCGCCCAGCGCGAAAUCGACCGGUUCUACGAGAACCGGAAGGAGGCCGGCUGCAAGGAGACCGGCUUCCGGGACACCUACUUCGGCCCGCAGAACGUCAAGCCGUUCCUCGUGCUCGUCGGGCUGUUCGUCUUCCAGGAGUUCUCCGGCAUCUACACGUUGCUGUUCUACGCGGUGAGCUUCUUCGAGGACUCGGAGCUCAGCUUCAACGAGUACGUGGCGUCGAUCAUAGUCGGCGGCAUCCGGUUCUCCAUGUCGAUAGCCAUCGCUUACUUGAUCAACGUCUACGGCAGGAAGGUGUUGUGCACCGCCUCCAGCGUCGGAAUGGCCGCCACGAUGUCGGCCGUCGCCGUCUACGUGAAGUACUACGAGGACCAUCCGGGGGAAGCGAAACUAGCGCCUUAUAUACCUCUGGUUGGGGUCAUAUUGAACGUGGGUUUCAGCAUGGUGGGGAUGCUGCCGGUGCCGUGGGUGAUGGUCGGGGAGAUGUUCCCGCUGAAUGUGAGGCCCAUCAUGUCGGGCAUCGUGGUGAGCAUCGCCCAGCUGUUGAUAUUCUUCUGCGUGAAGAUCUACGAUAACAUGAAAGAGGCGCUGGAUUUCAGCGGGACGCUGUUCGUGUUCGUGGGGGCUUCGGUGUUGUCGGCUGUCUAUUGCACGACGAUACUCACGGAGACGAAGAACAAGACGCUGGAGGAGAUCGAGGCGCACUUCAGGGGCGAUUCGUGCCUGUGCGGCGGCGGCGAUUCGGAGCUGGUGGUGGUGAAGGUCGAUGUGAUGAAGGCGGGUAUCGAUAACGCGGGUUUCGACGGGUCCUUGGAGGGGAGAUCGAACGCUAAAGAUGGCGGAGAGGUGGUUAGUUAAGGUUAGGUAAAUGUUGUUGGUUAGGUUGAAUUUUACUUUUUUAAAUGAAUAAGCGAUUUUGUGAUCUUUUUAGAGUAUUAAGUUUUACGAUUUUAUGGAGUAAACGUUUUUUUUUGUUGACAACGGUUCUCAUAGAACUAAUUUAUUUAUUUGUUGUAUUGAAUUUUUUUAUUUAAUAAAACAAAUUUUUCG